GUGGCCGAUCGGCCAAUAGAGGGCGAGCAACUACUGGAGCGACCUGGUGACGUGAGGAGCGUUCCAUUUGGCCAGUGGUGGGCGGUUGCCACAGCUGGUUUAGGGCCCCGACCACUGGGGCCCCUUGUCAGGAGGAGACAGCCUCCCGGCCCGGGGAGGAGAAGUCGCUGCCACCUUUGGCUGCCGACGCCAUUCCCUGGGACGGUCCGUUUCCUGCCGUCAGCUGCCGGCCGAGUUGGGUCUCCGUGGUUCAGGCCGGCUCCCCCUUCCUGGUCUCCCUUCUCCCGCUGGGCCGGUUUAUCGGGAGGAGAUUGUCUUCCAGGGCUAGCAAUUGGACUUUUGAUGAUGUUUGACCCAGCGGCAGGAAUAGCAGGCAACGUGAUUUCAAAGCUGGGCUCAGCCUCUGUUUCUUCUCUCGUGUAAUCGCAAAACCCAUUUUGGAGCAGGAAUUCCAAUCAUGUCUGUGAUGGUGGUGAGAAAGAAGGUGACACGGAAAUGGGAGAAACUCCCAGGCAGGAACACCUUUUGCUGUGAUGGCCGCGUCAUGAUGGCCCGGCAAAAGGGCAUUUUCUACCUGACCCUUUUCCUCAUCCUGGGGACAUGUACACUCUUCUUCGCCUUUGAGUGCCGCUACCUGGCUGUUCAGCUGUCUCCUGCCAUCCCUGUGUUUGCUGCCAUGCUCUUCCUUUUCUCCAUGGCUACACUGUUGAGGACCAGCUUCAGUGACCCUGGAGUGAUUCCUCGGGCGCUACCAGAUGAAGCAGCUUUCAUAGAAAUGGAGAUAGAAGCUACCAAUGGUGCGGUGCCCCAGGGCCAGCGACCACCGCCUCGUAUCAAGAAUUUCCAGAUAAACAACCAGAUUGUGAAACUGAAAUACUGUUACACAUGCAAGAUCUUCCGGCCUCCCCGGGCCUCCCAUUGCAGCAUCUGUGACAACUGUGUGGAGCGCUUCGACCAUCACUGCCCCUGGGUGGGGAAUUGUGUUGGAAAGAGGAACUACCGCUACUUCUACCUCUUCAUCCUUUCUCUCUCCCUCCUCACAAUCUAUGUCUUCGCCUUCAACAUCGUCUAUGUGGCCCUCAAAUCUUUGAAAAUUGGCUUCUUGGAGACGUUGAAAGAAACUCCUGGAACUGUUCUAGAAGUCCUCAUUUGCUUCUUUACACUCUGGUCCGUCGUGGGACUGACUGGAUUUCAUACUUUCCUCGUGGCUCUCAACCAGACAACCAAUGAAGACAUCAAAGGAUCAUGGACAGGGAAGAAUCGCGUCCAGAAUCCCUAUAGCCAUGGCAAUAUUGUGAAGAACUGCUGUGAAGUGCUGUGUGGCCCCUUGCCCCCCAGUGUGCUGGAUCGAAGGGGUAUUUUGCCACUGGAGGAAAGUGGAAGUCGACCUCCCAGUACUCAAGAGACCAGUAGCAGCCUCUUGCCACAGAGCCCAGCCCCCACAGAACACCUGAACUCAAAUGAGAUGCCGGAGGACAGCAGCACUCCCGAAGAGAUGCCACCUCCAGAGCCCCCAGAGCCACCACAGGAGGCAGCUGAAGCUGAGAAGUAGCCUAUCUAUGGAAGAGACUUUUGUUUGUGUUUAAUUAGGGCUAUGAGAGAUUUCAGGUGAGAAGAUAAACCUGAGACAGAGAGCAAGUAAGCUGUCCCUUUUAACUGUUUUUCUUUGGUCUUUAGUCACCCAGUUGCACACUGGCAUUUUCUUGCUGCAAGCUUUUUUAAAUUUCUGAACUCAAGGCAGUGGCAGAAGAUGUCAGUCACCUCUGAUAACUGGACAAAUGAGUCUCUUGGGCCCUGGCACUGGUUCUCCAUGGCCUCAGCCACAGGGUCCCCUUGGACCCCCUCUCUUCCCUCCAGAUCCCAGCCCUCCUGCUUGGGGUCACUGGUCUCAUUCUGGGGCUAAAAGUUUUUGAGACUGGCUCAAAUCCUCCCAAGCUGCUGCACGUCCCGAGUCCAGAGGCAGUCACAGAGACCUCUGGCCAGGGGAUCCUAACUGGGUUCUUGGGGUCUUCAGGACUGAAGAGGAGGGAGAGUGGGGUCAGAAGAUUCUCCUGGCCACCAAGUGCCAGCAUUGCCCACAAAUCCUUUUAGGAAUGGGACAGGUACCUUCCACUUGUUGUAUUUAUUAGUGUAGCUUCUCCUUUGUCUCCCAUCCACUCUGACACCUAAGCCCCACUCUUUUCCCAUUAGAUAUAUGUAAGUAGUUGUAGUAGAGAUAAUAAUUGACAUUUCUCGUAGACUACCCAGAAACUUUAAUACCUGUGCCAUUCUCAAUAAGAAUUUAUGAGAUGCCAACGGCAUAGCCCUUCACACUCUCUGUCUCAUCUCUCCUCCUUUCUCAUUAGGCCCUUUUAAUUUGUUUUUCCUUUUGACUCCUGCUCCCAUUAGAAGCAGGAAUGGCAGUAAUAAAAGUCUGCACUUUGGUCAUUUCUUUUCCUCAGAGGAAGCCUGAGUGCUCACUUAAACACUAUCCCCUCAGACUCCCUGUGUGAGGCCUGCAGAGGCCCCGAAUGCACAAAUGGGAAACCAAGGCACAGAGAGGCUCUCCUCUCCUCUCCUCUCCCCCGAUGUACCCUCAAAAAAAAAAUGCUAACCAGUUCUUCCAUUAAGCCUCGGCUGAGUGAGGGAAAGCCCAGCACUGCUGCCCUCUCGGGUAACUCACCCUAAGGCCUCGGCCCACCUCUGGCUAUGGUAACCACACUGGGGGCUUCCUCCAAGCCCCACUCUUCCAGCACUUCCACCGGCAGAGUCCCAGAGCCACUUCACCCUGGGGGUAGGCUGUGGCCCCCAGUCAGCUCUGCUCAGGACCUGCUCUAUUUCAGGGAAGAAGAUUUAUGUAUUAUAUGUGGCUAUAUUUCCUAGAGCACCUGUGUUUUCCUCUUUCUAAGCCAGGGUCCUGUCUGGAUGACUUAUGCGGUGGGGGAGUGUAAACCAGAACUUUUCAUCUAUUCGAAGGCGAUUAAACUGUGUCUAAUGCAAA